AUGUCUGAAGUUGACGAUCUUACUGUGCUUUUUAGCCAGGUUGGUUUUGAAGAGCCCAAGGUCAAGGAAAUUGUUAAAAAUAAGAAAGUUUCAGACACCUUGUCUGUGUUGGUCAGAGAAGCUCCUGCUAGCUAUCAAUGGGACAAAUCGAGUAGAGCUCUGGUCCACAAUUUGGCUUCACUAAUCAAAGGUGCAGAGUUCCCAAAUUCCAAAUUGAUCGUUGAAGGUAUUGUGAAUGGAGAUUUGAAAACCAACUUGCAAGUCGAAGCGGCUUACAAGUAUGUUAAGCAGAAUGGUGAUUCUGCUACCAAGGAGGCUAUGAAUGAGAACUCCGGUGUGGGAAUCGAAGUGACUGAGGAUCAAGUGAGAGCAAGUGUUAUCAAUUACAUUGAGACGAAUAAAAAACUAAUUCUGGCGGAGCGUUACAAGCUUGUUCCUGGUAUUUUCGCCAAUAUCAAGAAUCUACCUGAACUUAAAUGGGCUGACCCACGUAGCUUUAAGCCAAUUAUUGACCAAGAGAUCUUGAAAGUUCUAGGUCCAAAGGAUGAGAGAGACCUUGUUAAGAAGAAAAAUAAGAAGAGUAGUGAUUCGUCCAAGAACGGUGCAAAUGCCAAGAACAAAGCUGGCAAAGAAACAGCAAGUGCUCCUAAGAGAAACAUGUUCAGCGAAGGGUUUUUAGGGGACCUUCAUGAAGUGGAUGAUAAUCCUCAGGCCACACCUGAGUUAUUGGCUGAGCAUUUAAAAGCUGUCAACGGCAAAGUUCGUACAAGGUUCCCACCAGAGCCUAAUGGUUAUUUGCAUAUCGGUCAUUCUAAAGCUAUCAUGGUAAAUUUCGGUUACGCUAAAUACAAUGGAGGUGAAACUUAUUUAAGAUUCGAUGAUACCAACCCAGAGGCUGAGGCACCUGAGUAUUUUGAAUCAAUCAAGAGAAUGGUUUCGUGGUUGGGUUUCAAACCAUUUAAAAUCACUUAUUCCAGUGACUACUUCGAUAAACUUUAUGAAUUGGCAGAAGUGCUGAUUAAGAGCGGUAAAGGCUAUGUUUGUCAUUGUACUUCUGAAGAAGUCAAAGCAGGACGUGGUAUCAAAGAAGAUGGAACCCCUGGUGGUGAGAGAUUUGCAUGUAAGGAUCGUGAUAGAUCGAUCGAAGAGACCUUGGAUGAGUUCAGAAAGAUGAGAAAUGGGUUCUACAAGCCAGGUGAAGCAACUUUAAGAAUGAAGCAAGAUUUGAGUUCCCCAAGCCCUCAAAUGUGGGAUCUUGUCGCGUACAGAGUAUUGAACGCUCCACAUCCAAGAACUGGAAGCAAGUGGAAAAUUUACCCAACUUACGAUUUCACUCACUGUCUAGUCGAUUCAUUUGAAAACAUCACUCAUUCCCUUUGUACAACUGAAUUCUAUCUGUCGAGGGAGAGUUAUGAAUGGUUAUGUGAUCAAGUUCAUGUUUUUAGACCUACCCAGAGAGAAUACGGACGUUUGAACAUUACAGGUACCGUUCUUUCAAAGAGAAAAAUUGCCAAGCUGGUUGAGGAAAAGUACGUGAGAGGUUGGGAUGAUCCAAGAUUGUUCACCUUGGAGGCCAUUCGUAGACGAGGUGUGCCACCCGGUGCUAUUUUGUCAUUUAUCAACACACUGGGUGUGACCACCAGUACGACAAACAUUCAGGUUGUGAGAUUUGAAAGUGCAAUCAGAAAAUAUCUUGAGGACUCCACUCCAAGACUAAUGUUUGUUCUUGACCCUGUGGAAGUUGUCUUGGAUAAUCUACCUGAAGAUUACGAGGAACUAGUAAAGAUCCCAUUUAGGCCUGGUUCCCCUGAAUUCGGUGAAAGGGAAGUACCCUUCACCAAGAGAUUCUUUAUCGAGAGAUCUGAUUUUUCAGAGAACUCUGACGACAAGGAAUUUUUCCGUAUGACGCCAAAGCAACCGGUCGGUUUGAUUAAAGUCCCAUAUAACGUCUCUUUCAAAAGUGCAGAGAAGGACGAAAGCGGUAGAAUCAUCAGAAUUCAUGCCCAUUAUGAUAACUCACCACAGGAUGGUAAACCACAAAAACCAAAGACUUACAUUCAAUGGGUCCCAUUCUCCAAGAAGUACAAUUCCCCAGUACAAGUGGCUGAAACCAGAAUUUACAACCAGUUAUUCUCAUCCGAGAAUCCCUCAGCACAUCCAGAAGGUUAUCUGAAAGACAUCAAUCCUGAAAGUGAACUUGUUUACACCAAUUCUGUCGUUGAACCUAACUUCAGUGAAGUGGCAAAGAAAUCACCUUGGGUUGUGGACUCGGUAAAGAAAUCUGAGUUCUACGUUCCGGAAGAAGAGGGCAGGAAAGAAGUUUGUAGGUUCCAAGCCAUGAGAGUCGGUUACUUCACCUUGGAUAAAGACAGUGAAGACAACAGAAUUAUCCUAAACAGGAUUGUGAGCUUGAAGGAAAGCACCAAAUAG